AUGGCAAAUUCCCCUGAGGAGAUGAUCCCCGGACGCGGGGAAUGGCCCGUUGAUCCUCAAGAUGAUGUUGCAAUAUCAGAUAGGCGUGUAUGGGUAGACGGUUGCUUUGAUUUUAGCCAUCAUGGACACGCAGGAGCUAUGCUCCAAGCUCGUAGGCUGGGCGAAGAACUUCUAGUUGGCGUACAUUCUGACGAAGCAAUCCUGGAAAACAAAGGACCCACGGUCAUGACACUGGAAGAGCGGAUUGCUGCAGUGGAGGCAUGUCGCUGGGCGACCAAAUGUGUCCCUCACGCCCCGUAUGUAACAUCGCUACCUUGGGUCUCGCAUUACGGCUGCAAGUACGUUGUACAUGGAGAUGACAUCACCUCGGACAGUAAUGGCGAUGACUGUUACCGAUUUGUCAAGGCUGCUGGUCGCUUCAAAGUAGUCAAGAGAACUCCCGGCAUAUCUACCACUGAUCUUGUUGGCCGUAUGCUUCUUUGUACCAAGGGUCAUUUUGUCAAAAGUGUGAAAGGCACAUUGUCUGGGACAGAGGGCUCUGGCAACGAAGAAGAGCGCGCACAAUGUGCGUCGUCCCUCCAAGAACGGCUCAAAGACUACGCCACCAAUGAAACCGGCUUGCAGCCUGGUCCUCAGGUCUGGGUUUGGGAAGGCUCGAAUACUGCAAAGCUCCAAGGCACACUUGACGAAUCUGGAGAUUUUGAUAAUCUCGUUAGUGGAAAGCCCCCAAAACCGGGACAGCGGAUUGUCUACGUUGAUGGCGGGUUUGACCUUUUCUCCUCCGGCCAUAUUGAGUUCCUCCGCCAGGUCCUCGCGAUCGAAGAAUCCGAAGGUCUACAACGCGGCUGGUACGAUGAGACCCGAAAAGAACAAAGACUCAAAUCCCACGGGGAAGAUUAUGGUCCAGCUUAUGUUGUGGCAGGUGUUCAUGAUGAUGAUGUGAUAAAUCACUGGAAAGGACUGAACUAUCCCAUCAUGAACAUUUUUGAGAGAGGUCUGUGUGUCCUUCAAUGUCGAUACGUGCACGCUGUGGUCUUCUCUGCCCCAUUCUCCCCGAGUCAGCCAUACCUAGAAACAAUGCCGCUUGGUAUGCCCGACGUCGUCUAUCACGGCCCUACCACGUUUAUUCCCCUUACUUAUGAUCCGUAUGCUGCUCCUAAACGCAUGGGGAUAUUCCGCGAGACAACCGAUCACGAUUUUCAGCAUGUGAACGCGGGCGAAAUAGUUGAACGCAUUCUCAAGAGCAGGGAAGCAUACGAAGCAAGGCAGCGGGCGAAGUUGCAAAAGGCAGAGAUUGAGGACCAAGUCAAGUCUAGGGAAGCUGAAUUGACAUGA